UCGGUGGCCUCUGCUGCGGUCGUGGGACACGUCGAGCCGGGCAGUAGUGGCGGGGGCUUGGGAGAAGUCCAGACCGGGUGAGGGGAUCCAGUUCCGAGAGGAAGGCACGGGCGGCGGAGCUCGUCCUGGAAAGACUUUUCUGCUGACUGUCAUCUUUUUCUGGAAAACUGGAUACUUCCGAACAUAUGGGGAUGAACCAUAUGGGGAUGACUCACAUGGACAGCAACAGUACCAUGCCACCUCAUCAUCAUCACCCAACCACCUCGGCCUCACACUCCCACGGUGAAGGCAUGAUGAUGACUAUGACCUUCCACUUUGGCUUUAAGAAUGUGGAACUCUUAUUCUCUGGUUUGGUAAUCAACACACCUGGAGAGAUGGCUGGAGCUUUCGUAGCAGUGUUUUUACUAGCAAUGUUUUAUGAAGGACUCAAGAUAGCCAGAGAAGGUCUGCUGCGUAAGUCUCAAGUCAGCAUUCGCUACAAUUCCAUGCCUGUCCCAGGACCAAACGGAACCAUCCUUAUGGAGACACACAAAACUGUUGGGCAGCAGAUGCUGAGCUUCCCCCACCUCCUGCAGACAGUGCUGCACAUUAUCCAAGUGGUCAUCAGCUACUUCCUCAUGCUCAUCUUCAUGACCUACAAUGGGUACCUAUGCAUCGCAGUAGCAGCAGGGGCUGGGACAGGAUACUUUCUCUUCAGCUGGAAGAAGGCAGUGGUAGUGGACAUCACAGAGCAUUGCCAUUAACAUCAGACUCCACAUGUGGCCUUAUCGAUUCUGUAAGAAGCAUCUUGGGACCGAAAGAUAUGAUUCCCUCUCCAGUCAUCCCUUCUCUCUCCUGUCUCUAUGCACACACACUUACUGAAUAGAGGCUUAGUUGACUGUCUCUGAGUAGUGGUUCUUCUAAUAAGAUGACAUUGACAUUUCUCUUGAGAAGUCAUAAUCCUGAACCUUGUCUAAUCCAGGUAGCUUCCUAGUUAAUGACUUGGUUAUCUGCUUUUUAUUUUUCUGUUUUAGGGGUUUUGUGUAUUUUUGUUUUAAAUAGAUAAUAUGUGGGUGGAAUUCUGGGUCAGUGAUAGAAAAGGAUUUUAACUUCAAACAGGAUUGGUGGUAAUUAGGGACAUCUCACCCAACUCGGGACUUCAGUUUCAUACUAGAAAAUAAUCUCCUCUUACCUCAGUGAGCGGGAACACACAGUGCCUUUCUCUAGGUGUGCUAUGGAGUGUGGAGAGUGUGGGGCUGCAGGUGUCGAGUCUGUGGAGAUGUGUUCUUGUCGCUCAUCAACUUGUGUUUCCACGUAACACUUUGAUUAGAAAUGAACUUACAGUCAAAACAAAAACAGAACAAUCAAUUUGAGACUAUAGAAAUAGAGAUUGUUAAAUAAAACCAUUGGCAUUUUUCUUUGACUCAGACAUUGGUUUGUCCCAAAUGAACAAAGCAAAAGUUUGUAAUUUUUUCCUAUUAUUGUGUGUUUCCCUCGAAACAAAUGAUUUUCAAACCUUAGAAUGUUUCAGAGUCACCCAGAGGGCUUCUUGUUAAGACAAUACUUGGUGGACCUCAACCCUAGUGCUACCAAAUUUGGCAUUUCUAAGUUUCUAGGUGAUAUUUCUGCUGACAAUCUAGAGGAUUACCCUGAGUUGGCAUUAAAAUAGCAAAGUUGUACCUGGAAGGGACAGAAGGUGGGGCUACCUGGUAUCCAGCAUGAGAAUUUUAACUGCUGGUUGGUAGGUGGUAUGUCUUGGGCAUGUGUCACACCUAAAUGCUGCUGGCUAAUACUUAUUCAUUCCACAAACUUUUAUUUAGCUCCAGAUACACUUUCUGUGUGCUCACAACACACUCGUGUGGACUAUAGCCAGAGUGCACACAUGUAUACAAAGUCUCUAGUCCUUUAUAUGUGCUCACAACACACUCAUGUGGACUAUAGCCAGAGUUCACACAUGUAUACAAAGUCUCUAGUCCUUUAUGUGUGCUCACAACAUACUUGCAUAGAUCACAGUGGCCAAAACCCUUUUCUCAGUAAAUCCCACUGGAUGUUCUGUCAAUCAUUAGUCUGCAGGCUUGUUCCCAAACUACCUCUUUAAAGUGAUUCUUCCUAUGCUAGUCUGUUAUACCCUGCCCUCUUUGGUGCUAGAUCCAGUUGUGCCUCGGAGCAGAAGAAACAAACCUGCUAUCUUGUUGGCCCAGUAUUGUGAUUCUGAUACUUUCUCUCUACGGUGCCAAUUAAACAUCAGAGAACAAGGAAUAUAUAUUUUGGUAGCUUUGAACCAAGAAAGGGUUAUAAGCCUACUGGAUGAAGGCUAAAAAAUCUAAGAAAUUAACUUUAGAGCUUUGCUUUUCUCUUAGUUCAAUCUUGCACAGUGAAUGACAGGUACUGACAGAGCCCAACUUUACAGGACAAAUAGCCUGUUGUUAUCUCAGAAGCCAAGGAAUAAUAAACCCAGGGGAAUACAAAAAACACACUUAGUGGUGACCCUGGUGCUUUCUAAAGAUCUCCAGAUGAGCUGCCAUAAAACACCUUCCAGGGGCUGAGAUGCAGCUCAGAUAUGGAUCACUUCUCUAGCAUAGGUCAGGUUAAACACAGCCUUGUUUAACCCCAAAAAUCCUAAAAAUAAAGCAUACACUUAUGAGAAACAGGACCUUAUCAGUAAUGAGAAGAACCAAGGCCAGUUAGGACGAGGUGCUGAGUCUGAGACCAAGAGAAACCUCACUCUGACAGGGUCUUCAGGGGAGGUUUGGGUCGGAAGCAGUCUGCUACAAAACCUGCACUCGAGAUCCCAGACUAGGUUCUAGAGGGUGUGGUUAGUACAGGAAGAGGGAAAGCUUAAAUCCUAUGCUCCUGAACUUUAAUGCCCAGCUCCUAUGUGUCUGGAUUUCUUUAGCCCCUGCCUACUUUUCCCUUUCUGUCUUUAUCCCAGGCAGCUUAGUUUUUAAAGUCUGUUUCCUGAUGCAGUAGACAUUCAAUGCUGUGAUUAUAAUUAUCAUACCAAUUAGAAGUUGGUAUUUACAAACCAGGUGGAGGUCUUAAGUUUGCUUCAAGAAGCAGUCGCCCCAUUAGAAUUUCUGUAAAGCUAGGUAAAGGAUUACCUUUCUCCAGAGUUACAGAUCCAAAAUGGAAGAACACUCAACACCCCAUUGCCCACAUGUGGAACCUCCUCAGCAAUCCAUCAGAGUUUCACUACUAUGGUAGGGUUAUCCCAAACUCUCUUUCAGACAGUGGGCCUGGGUUCCUUACUAGAGUCAGGAAAGUGAGGCAGGGUGUACAUCAUCAUAUCAUUUAAUCUUGAGCCUACCCUUUCCAGCCACUUCCGAAGAGUCAUCUAAAUGACAAGACUGCAUUUGACGUAAUGCCUUAAACACUAGCUCUACAUUUCAAGUUGACUGUUUCAGAGACUGUGAGCUCCCAGAGAGCAGGAUUGGUGGAACGGGAAUGGUUUAAGUGUUGUGUGCAAGAGAACAAAAUAAACAUCUUGAUUUUGUGAGUCCAUGCA